UGUAGCACAACAUGGCAACGUCGCAGUCGCGACUCGUUGCCGCCGCAACGUCGCGUCGCUAGUCGCGCCCCGCCUGUCGUUCCUAUCAGUCAUGGCGAUGGAAGCAAAAAGUAUCGUCGAAUCGCUUAUUCUUGAAGUCAAAAAUCGGCCAAUCCUGUGGGAUAAAAAGCACGAGUUGCACAAAAAUCGAGCAGUGAUCGACAGAGUUUGGGAUGAAGUGUCUGCAGCUGUUGGCAAAAACAAGGACCAAAUUAAGAUGAAAUGGCGAAACCUACGAGACCAAUUCUCAAGAGAAGUAAAAAAGAAUCCGGUAGGGGAAGACGGAACUCCAGCAAUAGAAAAAUACAUCGGGAAAUGGGCAUACUAUGACUCACUAACAUUCCUGAAGGACAAUGUCUAUUGGAAUCCUUCCGAUGAUAUCAGACUUGAAGAUAGCCAGGACGGAUUUAAUGAUUACAAAAGAGAAAGAGAAUCUGAUAUCAGCGUAAUUAUCAAAAGAGACCCUGAUAUAGACGAAGAUAUAGAAAGAGAUAUAGAAGGAGAUCGCUUCUUAGAUCCUUUAGAAGCCUUAGAAGUUCAAGAAGACACGUCUGAUUCAAAUUUAGUGACAGAAACAAAUGAAGUUCCUAGGAAAAGAUUAUGCCAAAGGACAAUAAGGACUUACCCAAGGCAGUUGCCAAGCGACGGAUCACAAGCUGCCAGAUCAAGUAGAGAAAUAGAUGAUGACUUGCAUUUUGCUUUAUCUUUAGUACCAUAUUUGCGAAGAUUAGAUCCAUUAAGGAAGUUGAUAAUUAGGAAUGAAAUGCAGAAUUUGUUGAUAGGGGAAUUGAUGGAAACUAACGCUCGACCUUAUACCCCUAAAAGUAAUAAAUAAGUUUGUGUAAAGUGAGAAAAGUUUGAAGUGAGUGCGGCAAUG